GGCGAACGCGCUCAGUCAGUAGCCAGCACCGCGGCGCGCGCCACGCCCGUACGCAACGCGCAUGCGCACCUCAGUGAAAGUCGCACGCGCACACUACGCGUUCUUCUUCGUCUAGUUAUUUUGUUUGUUUCGUUGCGCCAGUGCAACUGGUCGGAGAAAGGAGGUCGUCGUCGGUCGUUGCGCGGCCGCAGCCCGGAUGUGAAGGUAAUCUGAAGAAUAAUCCGAAUAUAUUUAUACAUUUUUGAAAAAUGUUUGGAAAAAGUUGUGGUGACUUUAAUAGGCGCUCCCCGUGAGCCCACAGUUAGUGUCGAAAGUGCAAGUGCUGUUUAGUUAAACGAUGAGUGGUGGAGAGCCGACGUUGACGGAGCCCCCAGUGCCGCUGGCGCUGGCACGGCUGCAGCCGCGCGCGGGGCGCGUGCCUCGCUCCGCGCGCCCCCAUCCGCGCCGGCCAAGCCUCGCGCUCGCCAGCCUGCAGGAGGCUGCCGAUGAGACGCCGCGUCGUUACAGCGAUGAGGCUUACAUUCAGGACACUGACGACGACGAAGCCUUCUACGAUCCAAUCCAAAGCAAACCAUCGAAGCCCGCCUCCAAUGGCCGGCGGGCUUCCGAGGCAACGUUUGCCGAGCGAUAUAGGAAGUUUAAUGAGUUCGACGGGCCACCGCCCGAGGUGCCCCGGCGAGCGUCCCUGGCCGUCCCCGUCGGCGACGGCUUCGGACACAGUGACAAAGGCAGACGACGCUCGUGGGCCGCAAAGCUCCAGCUCGAACGCAAAAAGCGACGGAAAUCAGGCGGCAACGAUACCGAUGACGAGAUCGACCCACCUGUUUACAUGCGACAGAAGAGACCAUCGUGGUGGAAUGUCUUCGUGCCCGAUAACAUGCUGAAACAUAGGUCUAGACGCGCUUCGCAGCAGUUGUCGAGGAGCGCGGAGAGCAUCGACCAAAGCUACAAGAGGUCGAAGAGUCGCUCCGUGGACCAUGGGUUCGCGGCCCCCUUUGACUUGGAGGCGCUGCGCUCCAAGGUGGAGGGCAGGUUCGACGCCGUUCAUAGAGACGAGGACGAGCAAAUCAAGAGGCUUCCUCCUCAACCCCCUAUCAAGACUAUGACAUACACGGUUCGCGACCGUGAUACGCUGACGUCGCUGGCGGCGCGCUUCGAUACCACGCCUUCGGAGCUAACUAAGCUGAACCGGCUCGCCACGCAGUUCAUCUUCCCCGGGCAGACGUUGCUCGUGCCCGACAAGAGGAAAGAUGGCGAUAAAGAGUCGGACGGGCCGUCGGAGAGCGGGGACAACACGUCCGAGUCCACGCAGGGCGCCCCCAGCGAACCCGCACAGGAAAAAGAGAUUCUGGACAGCCUGCGACCGGUGUCGCCCGAGGCGCCCGCCAGCAGCAACGCCCCGCAGCGCUUCCUCAAGAUCAACGUCCGUCACAUCACUGAUGGACAGGGCGUGGUGUCGGGAGUGCUGCUGGUGACACCGAACGCGGUGAUGUUCGACCCGAACGUGUCGGACACGCUGGUGAUGGAGCACGGCCCGGAGUCGUACGGUGUGAUCGCACCCAUGGAGUACGUCGUGAACGCCGCCAUCUUCUACGACAUCGCGCACAUGCGCACGCACGGACCUGACCACAACGCGCACAAGUACCUACCGGCGGAGCAAGCCGAGAUUUACUACAUGAAUAAAGCGGAACAUUCGCCCGGCAAAGACUCCCUUCUAGUCAAAGACGAGACUUUCCCCGAGCUGCAGGCUGCGGGGGGUGAGGCGGGUGAGGCGGGCGAGGGGGAGGAGCGGCCGGGCUCCGCUGAGGACCGCGGGGGCGCCGCCUUCCCCAAGGCCUUUGAGAGGGAUCUCGUCACUCCCACAGCACUGCAGCAACAGACGACUGAAGAGAGGCGGAAAUCCUUGUUGGACCAUCACUGGGCCAUUCCGACCAAAGAUAGAAUGUCGAUUGAUCAAGGAAGUGAAGUGUCAUCUAACGCGGAGCAGGUGAAGGAGGAGAGCUUGGAGGCGUGUGCGGGCACGGAGCGCGCGGAGAGCGGUGCGGGGGAGGCGGGUGAGGGCGGGGAGGUGGGCGAGGGCGGGGAGGGUGAGGAGGAGGCUCCGCGGGACGCAGCGCGCCAUCUUGUCAAACUCUCCUACCAUGACUCCGGUAUUGACAUCCGCGACCCGCUGCUGCAUGUCACUCCUGUCAACUCUAAGAAGGAUAGCCAUUCUGUAUCAUCACUGUCAGAUUACGAGGACUGCUGUCACGCAGACACUCACGAUCAUUAUCAUCACGCCAUUGAACCUAUAAUGGAGAUCGCAGAGUCAGAUAUGCCGAUGUUCGACCAUAAACAGGAGAAGAAGUUUCUAGAACACUUCUAUACAGAUUACGAUGUUGAGGUGCAUUCGUGCACCUCGCAUGAAGAGGUGUACAGUGACGCGGACAUAGUGCUGUCUGCGGAGUGGGUGCCGCCGGUGUGCUUGCCGCGCGCCGAGCCGCCGCUCUCCGCGCCCCCGCUCGGCGAGAACGAGCGCGCACCACGCAAACCUGCAGCCGUCUCUUUCUCCCUCGACGGCAACCAGAAGGAGGAUAUUGGAAAACCCGAUAAGAAAAAUAAAAUGUUGAAGCGGCUCUCGUACCCCCUGUCGUGGGUGGAGGGUCUGACGGGCGAGGGGCCGACCGGUGCGGGGGGUGCGGGGGGCGCGGCGCCGGGCUCGCAGGCUGACUCGCUCCCCACCUCCGCCGACAGUCACAACACUAGCGUCUUCUCUAAAGUAUUUAACAGACGUAGUUCUCUGGGAGGCUUUGGCCGCUCCCACACCAAAUCGACGUCGUCCAGCGGCUCCACUCAGCCGAGACUUGAUUAUCGCAGCAUGGUCUCUGUGGACGAUAUGCCUGAUCUGUUCGCUUCAUUUGACAAGUUGAUUCCGCGUCCGGCGCGCGCCAGCGACGACCCCCCGCUGUACCUGCGGCUGCGCAUGGGCAAGCCCGCGGGCAGGCCGCUGCCGCGCUCCACGCAGCUCAUGUCCUACGGCCGCAAGCGCAUGAAGCCCGAAUACUGGUUCGGCAUCCCCAGGAACAGGGUGGACGACCUGUACAAGUUCCUGACGCACUGGGUGCCGAGCCGGUACGGGCCGCUGGGUGACGUCACGGCGCAGGGCUACGAGCUCAUUGACAGCGACACCGAGUGGGACGACGAGGACGCCAAGCCUGGAGUUAAGGGCGAACGUACCGGCAGCUCCGGUGAUGUGUCCGACAUUACUAGGGAAUCGUGGGAGCUGCUGAAGGCGCCGUAUGUGAAAAUAUAUUCUAUAAUGAAGAGCCAGGCGGAGGCGUUGGGUGACUCGCUCGGCGAGGAGCCGCGCCUAGAGGUGUUGUCGAUGAGCGAUGAACUGCGCCGCGCGUUGUACUCGUCGGGCGCCUCCGUCGACAUGGAGUUCUCGCCUCCAGAUCUCAUCGGCGUCUCCGAGAUAUUUACAAUGGAGCACAGGGAGAAGUUGUGCAGCGUGCUGCCGGCUCGCGCGCAGGGCUACAUGUGGUCGCUGGCGUUCAGCACCAGCCAGCACGGCUUCUCGCUCGCCUCCAUGUACCGCAAGAUGCAGCGCGUCGACAGCCCCGUGCUGCUCGUCAUACAGGACACAGACAAUAACGUAUUCGGUGCGCUAACAUCAUGCGCUCUCCGACCUUCCGAGCACUUCUACGGCACGGGCGAGUCUCUGCUGUUCUCGUUCCAGCGCGUGCGUGAGGAGACCAGGCGGCACUCGCAUCCCGCACCUGAAGAAAUCAAGGACAAGGAUCCCAAGGAUGAAGUUAAAAAGGAUGAGAAGGAAGAACAAGCUGCUCCAGCGAAGACCAAGUUCAAAUACUGGGGCUGGACAGGUGACAACAUGUACUUCAUCCGCGGCAGCAACGACAACAUCUCCAUCGGGGCCGGAGACGGCAAGUUCGGCAUCUGGCUGGACGGCGACCUGUACCUGGGCCGCACGCAGCGCUGCACCACGUACGGCAACGAGCCGCUCACCACGCGCGAGGACUUCAUCGUCAAGAUCAUGGAGUGCUGGACCUUCAUCUGAGCGCCUCGCUCCACCCCCACUCCCACACCCGGCCCCGGCCCCGGCCCCCUCCUUCUGCGCUCGCUUCGAGAUACUAGCUUUACACUAUCUUAUGAACAUUUGCUACCAAGACUCGACACUUUUACAAGUCGAUCGUAUCGAACUGACGACUCAGUAUCGCAGUAUCGGCGUCUCGUCGGCGACGCGCCCUCGAGACGUCACGCGCUUUUCUAGUCAAACGUACUGAAACUCGACCAAUGUUUUGAUUCUCUCGGAAUGUAGGCGCGUUCGGAGCGGGCGCGAUCCGGAGCAAGUGCAUUAUUCCUAGUCAAUUGUCGUUCGUAUGUUAGUUGUGGGCGCGGCCACGCCCUCGGCCCCGCCCCCGCGCCCUGCGCCCUCGCGCCCUCGCGCGCCUAGCGCCUACGCGCCGCAUGCACGCGACCUUCCCAACUAACUAUGUGUCAAUUCAUACGAUUUAUAUUGUGCGUUGUUAAGAAUACUAAGAACAUAUUUGUAACGAUUGAUAUCAUUGUAUAAUGUAGUGUAGAGAUUUACUAAGAGAUCGUUCGUUUUUAGAAAGCAUAGAUUGCAUUGCCGCUCUCGCUCUCCGGAGCGGCGGACUAUGAAUUUCUAGAGACGUAGAUUACAUUUACACAUUGGAUAAUUCUAAACCGACCGGUGACGCCCUAACGAGAAAUAUAUCUUUAGUUGUUUGUUUGUCUGUGAGUUUCGUAUGUGUUAAUGUUAAGUUAGUGUGAGCAUAAUUUAUGUUACUUUCACUGUGAUUUGAUUAUAAUAUGGUUGCAUUUUGCUAUAUAGAAAGCGUUAUCACGAUUUAACACUAGUUACCGGAAUAAUUUAAACUGAAUGUUGUACUAAUCAUUGUGAGAAAAUAAAUUAUAUUAAAAGAAGUAUUAGCGGAUAUAUUUUGAUGUAACGCUUCGUACAGAAAUAGUAGCCGAUAUAAUUAUCAUAGUAAAUGAUUAUAAAUAGUGUUAGAGCUUGAUGAAUGUAACCGCCAUUGUGCUUAGUCAGCACGAUGUUACUCAGACUUUCUGGUCGAAAUUAUUUAUUUAGCUGUGUAAGAUGGCCGCUGCGGUCCUGCGGCUUGUAGCUUGGUGCUGGAGGAUGUCCGCCUCGACAUCACUAUCUAGAAUGAUCAUCGAAUAUACAAUGAAUUUAGGCCGAGAAAUGUAGAAAAUUGGAGCUAUUCCUUGUUUGUCUAUGAUUUAAGUAAUAGAUAGUUUUAGAAUGGAGCAUUCAAUGUCGAUUCGCGCCGCGUGCUGUCAAUUUUAAAGUUAUCUGUCUACACUGCAAAAUGUAUCGUCGCGGUUGCUUUUAAUCGAUUAUAUGAUUGUAUAGGAAGGUUGCUACAUGUUUAGUUUGCAAAGUUGAUGGUAGUAGAUGAACUGUGCAAUUAACUACGCUGUUACUAGAUUACAUUAACCGUAUUAAAGUUCAGUCCAUGCAAAAUAUACUUAUAAAUGUUGUUGUUUCAUCAAAAAUGUAUUAGUAUGGAAAAUUAGGUUUACGAUAAAGAAAUUAUCGGCAUAAUUAUUGUUAAAAAAAAGAAAUUAAAUUGUUGAGUAGCAAUGAAGAUAUAUAUAAUUAUUUAUUCUGUUAUAAUUUUGAUUUAAGAUUGUGUAGCUGUAUUAAUUUACUGGUGAUCUAUUGUGUAACUUCUAAGUUGUUAAAAUAUAAAUCAAGCCAUAAUAACUGAGAAUAUAUUCUUUUGAGAAAAUUGUUUUAUUAUUUAUCCCUUUACAUAUAAAAACAAAUAUUUACUAGAUGCAGCAAUCAUAUAUAGUGAGUUUCCACUGUUGUAACACUUGCAUAAACAAUCAUUCAUCAGUAAAACUUAUAUAAAAACCGCUAAAACACGUAUAUUCGUCCUGUGGCGGCACCGACUAGUUUAGAACCCAUUGGGAGCUCGAAAUAAUACCUUUCCCACUCAACCUGAUGAACGGUCCCUAAUGAGCUCGAAACUAGUCGGUGCCGCCGCCGGACGAAUAUAGGUGAGUGUUUUAUCCGUUCUUUUAUAAGUUUUAAUAUAAUCUCUCACGAAAUUCAUCCAUUAUU